GUCAAGGCGGCUGCGCAGAGCCCUUCUCACGCUGGGGCCUCUCAGCCAGAUCCGCGCCGCUCAGCUGACAGCUCCGAAGACUGAAGAGGCGGUACGCUGGUUGAGCCGGGCGUCUCCAGGAGGAGCCGGCGAGUGGAGUUGGCAGGAUUUCUGUAGUAUACCUAGUAUGAGUUCCACAUCUUGGCCUCUUAUCCAGCUUCAGCAGUCUCAUCUCCAUCAUCUGGAGAAUAAAUGAGAUCUGCAUGAGUUCCAAACUGAGCUGAAAUACGGACUGCAGUGCUAAUAUCCUUUUCUUCUGGUUGUUAUUAACAGCUCCUCAGAAAAUUAGAUGUCGUCAGAAGACCGAGAAGCUCAGGAGGAUGAAUUGCUGGCCCUGGCGAGUAUUUAUGAUGGAGAUGAAUUUAGAAAAGCAGAGUCUGUCCAAGGUGGAGAAACCAGGAUCUAUUUGGACUUACCACAAAAUUUCAAGAUAUUUGUGAGCGGCAAUUCAAAUGAGUGUCUCCAGAAUAGUGGCUUUGAAUACACCAUUUGCUUUCUGCCUCCACUUGUGCUGAACUUUGAACUGCCACCAGAUUAUCCAUCCUCCGCCCCACCUUCAUUCACACUUAGUGGCAAAUGGCUGUCACCAACUCAGCUGUCUGCUCUGUGCAAGCACUUAGACAACCUGUGGGAAGAGCACCGCGGCAGCGUGGUCCUGUUUGCCUGGAUGCAGUUUCUUAAAGAAGAGACCUUAGCGUACCUGAAUAUUGUCUCUCCUUUUGAACUCAAGAUGGGUUCUCAGAAAAAAGUUCAGAGGAGGAUGGCUCAAGUGUCUUCCAACACAGAGCUAGAUUUUGGAGGAGCUGCUGGAUCUGAUGUAGACCAAGAGGAAGUUGUGGACGAGAGAGCCGUGCAGGAUGUGGAAUCGUUGUCCAGUCUGAUCCAGGAAAUCUUGGACUUCGAUCAGGCUCAACAGAUAAAAUGCUUUAAUAGUAAAUUGUUCCUGUGCAAUAUCUGCUUCUGUGAGAAGCUGGGUAGUGAGUGCAUGUACUUCUUGGAGUGCAGGCAUGUGUACUGCAAAGCCUGUCUCAAGGACUACUUUGAAAUCCAGAUCAGAGAUGGCCAAGUUCAGUGCCUCAACUGCCCAGAACCCAAGUGCCCUUCAGUGGCCACUCCUGGUCAGGUCAAAGAGCUAGUGGAAGCAGAGUUAUUUGCCCGUUAUGACCGCCUUCUCCUCCAGUCUACCUUGGACCUGAUGGCAGAUGUGGUGUACUGCCCCCGCCCAUCCUGCCAGCUGCCUGUGAUGCAGGAGCCUGGCUGCACAAUGGGCAUCUGUUCCAGCUGCAAUUUUGCCUUCUGUACUUUAUGCAGAUUGACCUACCAUGGGGUUUCUCCAUGUAAGGUGACUGCAGAGAAAUUAAUGGACUUACGAAAUGAGUACCUGCAAGCAGAUGAGGCCAAUAAAAGAUUUUUGGAACAGAGGUAUGGUAAGAGGGUGAUUCAGAAGGCACUGGAAGAGAUGGAAAGUAAGGAGUGGCUAGAAAAGAACUCAAAGAGCUGCCCAUGUUGUGGGACUCCCAUCGAGAAAUUAGAUGGAUGUAACAAGAUGACAUGUACUGGCUGUAUGCAAUAUUUCUGCUGGAUUUGCAUGGGUUCUCUAUCCAGAGCAAACCCUUAUAAACAUUUCACUGAUACUGCUUCCCCAUGUUUUAACCGGUUGUUCCAUGCUGUGGAUGUUAAUGGAGAUAUUUGGGAAGAUGAGGUUGAAGACUAGUUAACUUCUGCUGCUCAAGAUAUGGAAGUGGAGUGGUUUGCCCUAAUCUUUUGUCAAGUAUACAGAGUAACUUUGCAGGAUAUUUAGGGUACCAUUGAUUCCCUCUUCCUAUGUAGAAGAUAUGGGAGAACAAGGUUGAUAUUUUCAUGUGGUACUACUGAUUAAGGCACAUUCAGACAUUUUUCAUUGCAACAUGAUUGAGGAAAUAUUAAGCCAAAGGUUCCGAAAAUGAAAACUAGAAAAUAUUAGUAUUACAAUGUGCCCAAAGCUUUGAGUAGUUAAAAAUUAAAUAUUUAUUUUCUUCUCCAAGCUUUAGGUAAGGAGAGAGGGGUCAAGAGUUAAACUUAUAGUCCUUUUUAUCUCUUGAGAAGCAUCCCUCUAACACAUUCUGUGGGAGCUCCCUCAGUAGUACUGCUUACAGCUGAGGUGGGUAGAAGCCUUAUUAAAAUUGUACCGAGAGCCUGAUGUUAUUUACUCCAUGUUACAUUCUUUCCAACCUGAAUUUCUGCUAAAUUAAUUUUCUUUGGAGGAAGCCCUUUACUCUAUAACUGAUUGGAUGGCCCAGUGUCAUUUUGAUCUGAUUUUCAGGUUAGAAAUUUAUAGAUAAUUUUAAAAAUAUUUUUUGAUACCACAAACACUGUGGGUCACCUGCUAUAUUUAUUAGUGGUCUAUAGUCCACUGUUUUUGAGCCAAGUCUAGAAUUUCUGCUAAAUUAAUUUUCUUUGGAGGAAGCUCUUUACUCUAGCUGAUUGGAUGGCCCAGUGUCAUUUUGAUCUGAUUUUCAGAAUAGAAAUUUAUAGAUAAUUUUAAAAAUAUUUUUUGAUACCACAAACACUGUGGGUCACCUGAUAUAUUUAUUAGUGGUCUAUAGUCCACUGGUUUUGAGCCCAGUCUAGAAUUUAUUGAUACUGGCUCAGAAGAAUUUCAGCCCUAUUCAACUUUCCUGUUCCUUCUAGGCAGUAGAGCCUAGAUUCAGAAUGACUUGUCUUCUGUUCUGCAUUCUUUCUGUUGACUCUUGCCCUGCUUUUCAUUGGUAAGGACAAUUUUAAUAUUAGCUCCAGCAGCUCAUAUUUCUAUUUCCUCUGCUGGGAUAGGAGAAAGCCUAAUAUGUUCCCAAGCCGAACAAGCUGAACUUUAAUUAUCUGCGUUUUGAACACUGCACCACCAUAGUUCCAGUCCUAACUUUCUGAAUUCUUUUUAAAGGGCUUCUCUAAUGAGCUAUGGAAAUUUGUCUUCCUAUCCUUUUUUUUUUUUUUUUUUUUGCAACAGCACUGUUUCAGGGGAUAAUUUUGGCUUGAUACCUAGAUCCUUGUUUCUGGGUUUUGCUGGCUUUUUGAAAAAUUGUCUUUUCUUGUGGUUUGGUGAGCGGCUUGGUAGCAAAAUAAGAUUUUUGGCAAAAAAAGGACAGAGGAAUUCAGCUGCAGCUGUGAACAUGCUCUUUUUUCAUGCCUUGUCAUUGAAAAUUGGGGAAUCACUUUUAACCAUUUUAAGUGUGUGUAUCCAAAGAGCACGGACUGUUUCUGGAUUGUCAAUGAGGAUGCUUAAUCUUAAAAAUAAAAAUUAUUUAAAAAUUGUCUUAUAAUUAAAGCAGAGUUGCUGCUCUGUGUUCUGUCACCAAGGCAACUGAUCACAUUUAAAAACUAUAUGGUAAAAAAACAAAAAAACAAAAAAAACUAUAUGGUAUAUAACACAUAUUCUUAAAAUGAGCAGAAGAAAGUCAUAGUACAGCACCUCCGCUUGUGACUGAACUUAGAUUUUAGGACUCAUAUUUUGUUUGAACUACAUGGACUUCGAUUCAGCACAUUUAAUGUAAGAACGAAAGUUAACUUAAAGAAUAAGUUGAAGAAAUGGAAAUUAAAACAACUAAUUAUACAGUACAUACUUGAGAAGAGUGCUUCUUCUCAGUGACUGGAUAGGAGUUCAAUUCAUCUUUCACUACUAGCCACUCAGAAGCUCUUUAGUUCAUGGGCUAGUUGAUGUUGCUAGAGAUUAUUUUAUUUUAGGCUGUUGUACAUUAUGUUGAUGAUGUAUUGGAAGUAGGAAAGAAGCCUUAGUUUCGUGAAACAAAUGGCAGGGUUUUUCUCCAUGAUUUUAAAAAACAACGUGGGCUUCCCUGGUGGCGCAGUGGUUAAGAAUCUGCCUGCCAAUGCAGGGGACAUGGGUUUGAGCCUCGGUCCGGAAAGAUCCCACAUGCCAUGGAGCAACUAAGCCCAUGAGCCACAACUACUGAGCCUGCACUCUAGAGCCCGCGAGCCACAACUACUGAAGCCCGUGCGCCUAGAGCCCAUGCUCUGCAACAAGAGAAGCCACCACAAUGAGAAGCCCGCGCACCGCAACAAGGAGUAGCCCCCGCUCGCCGCAACUAGAGAAAGCCUGCGUGCAGCAACGAAGACCCAACGUAGCCAAAAAUAAAUAAAUUAAAUAAAUAAAUAACACAACA